UCGGUCCUUCCUUCCCAGGGUUCAAUGAGCGUUGUGUGGCCCCACCCCGUCUCUCUAAAAGCGCUGUCUAUCUGUUCAAUGUAGGCUACUAUUCUCGGAGAGAGAAAGCAAGAGAGAACGGGAGAAAAUAAUAACCUCCAAGAAUCGGGUAUUCCCGUCUUUCACCUUCCUCGACCAGCGACCAGGAGGGGAGCGGCCUUCACGGUGGGAAUGUGCUGCUACAACAGCCCCGCGUCCUACUUUUUGUGAAUGGAUUCACCGGAGUCGAGCCAGAAAUUAAGAAAAAAAAAAGUCUAUCGGUGCGCAGUUUUGGAGGCUUGGUGGUGAUGUGAGGGGCUGAUAACACAUUUCAGCAACAAAAGCGAGGGGCAGAGAGAGAGAAGGCCCUUUGGAGGAGAAAACAGCAAGGAACAGCCAUCACAUAUAAGGAGGACAAAUCGGAGGGGGGAUACUAGAUCGUUUCGGAUUUGGAGGUGGCGAGGGAUCAAGACGAAAAGACAACCGCAGUGAGUUUGGGGCUGAUUUGAUGCAGAGAAUGAAAAAGAGCCGGAUGACGACGGAAGAAGCGAGAAUGCCACACAUGUAGCUCGUUUGGGUGUAAAUAUUAUUUUCCUUACAGCUGUCCUGCUGGGUCCCCGAUGAAGACAGCCGUCGGGGAGACAGAAAAAUAGAUAUAGAGUCUAAGUAUAAACCCAUGGAAAUGUUUGUCAUGAAAAGCGACGUGGAAACGAGCGGCGCUACAGCACUGGCGAGCUUUGCGGACACGCCGAGUUCGGCUCCUUGUCACGGGCAGCUGUGAGACGCAAGACCCGGGCUUUUGGAGAUGCAAAUUAGGCUGUUUUUUCUGCCUCCGUUUGAGGUGAACCGCCGUUUUUGUGUCUUAUAGCGGACAUUGUGGAUUACAAGUCUUUAUCUUACACGGCUGAAGGGGGGGAAGAGUUUGGAAAAACGAAACACAAACUGCUGCAUAUAAAAGGGAAAAGCCCGAGCCGGAUUCAGCAAACUGAGAAGGCGGCCUCCGUGUCGUCAGCAACAGUAUCCUGCCCUUUCUCUGACAGCAAAAUACGCGUUACGGACUCUUAAAUCUCUACAGAGGGGCGCCACGGACCUUAAACGGUGUAAAUAUGGGUUGUUUGGGCAACAGUAAGACCGAAGACCAGAGAAAUGAGGAGAAGGCUCAAAGAGAAGCAAACAAAAAGAUAGAGAAGCAGCUCCAAAAGGACAAACAGAUCUACAGAGCAACACACAGACUACUACUUCUAGGAGCUGGAGAGUCGGGAAAGAGCACCAUAGUGAAACAGAUGAGGAUCCUACAUGUCAACGGCUUCAAUGCAGAAGAGAAGAAGCAGAAAAUUCAGGACAUUAAGAAUAAUAUUAAAGAGGCUAUCGAGACCAUAGUAACAGCUAUGAGUACCCUAACCCCACCUGUCCAGUUGGCAUGUCCAGAAAACCAGUGCCGGAUUGAAUACAUCCUCAACUUUGUCAAUCAGAAGGACUUUGAUUUUCCAUCUGAGUUUUACGAUCAUGCAAAGACACUGUGGCAAGACGAAGGCGUCCGGGCUUGCUAUGAGAGAUCCAAUGAGUACCAGCUAAUCGACUGUGCACAGUACUUUCUAGACAAGAUCGACAUUGUGAAACAGAGUGACUACACUCCAACAGAUCAGGAUUUGCUGAGGUGCAGAGUACUGACUUCAGGGAUCUUUGAGACGAGAUUCCAAGUGGACAAAGUUAAUUUCCAUAUGUUUGAUGUCGGCGGUCAAAGGGACGAGCGCAGGAAAUGGAUUCAGUGCUUUAAUGACGUAACAGCCAUCAUCUUUGUGGUGGCCAGUAGCAGUUACAACAUGGUGAUCCGAGAGGACAAUCAGACCAACCGUUUACAGGAGGCCCUCAACCUCUUCAAGAAUAUCUGGAACAACAGGUGGCUGCGGACCAUUUCUGUCAUCUUGUUCCUAAAUAAACAGGACCUGCUUGCAGAGAAGGUGUUGGCAGGGAAGUCCAAAAUCGAAGAAUACUUCCCAGAAUUUGCUCGCUACACCACACCUGAUGAUGCGACGCCAGAACCUGGAGAAGAUCCGCGUGUUACAAGGGCAAAGUACUUCAUCAGAGAUGAGUUCCUGAGGAUCAGCACAGCAAGUGGAGAUGGAAGGCACUACUGUUACCCCCAUUUCACCUGCGCCGUUGACACGGAGAACAUCCGCCGCGUAUUUAACGACUGUCGAGACAUCAUCCAGCGGAUGCACCUGCGGCAGUACGAGCUGUUGUGAUGGGAGAGGAAAGGUGUUAGGCCAAAAAGAUCGGACUAUGGAAAACGAAAAGCAAAUCCCUGAACCUGCGUCUCUGAACUCUUCUGCAAAAGUAUGAGAGCUCUUGUGACACAACAGGGGCCACAACACACACGCACUUAUAGUAAACACGCCGUGAACCCAGAACUUCCCCUGAUGCAAACUCUCUACCUGAUGCAGAAUUUUUUGAUGGAUGGGUUUGAGGGGCUUACAUGUAAAACAGACUUCAAUCUUGACUUUCAGCCAUACUCCCAGCCCUUUCGACAUUAUGUUAUCGUCACGUUACCUUCACCUUCCUAAAAACAAAAAAACAAAAAAAGAGUGGCCCAGUCCGGACUGAGUUUCCUGCAGCGAGGGUUGGAGCUGCAGUUCGAGUUUUGUUCCUUUUUUUUUUUUUUUCCCUGAUUGGGCUGAAAACUAAGAGCUACUACUUCAGUGCAAUUGGGAAAGAGAUGAAUUACUGCAAAUGGAGAAUAAAUAUAUCACAGCAGAUCAACUGAACACUGUAUUUAAGAGAGACGGGGGGGGGGGGGG